UUUGGGGGCUCAACGCCAUCAGAACUUGCUCAGUGGCAGAGAUCAGCACUGGACAGCUUGCUUGGGAACGAUAAGAGUUACCGCGAAAGGCUGGUUCAGAUGGCGACGGACCAGUGCACCGUGGAGCGCGAGAUGAUCCAAGACAUUUACCCGUGCACGCCGUUCCAAGAAAACACCAUGGCCUUCACGAUGAGGAAACAGUGCCUCUUCGUCGCGCGGGCGUAUUAUACCCUACCAAUAGACGUGGGAAUAGAGUCAGUUGAAUCCGACGCAAAAGAUGUUCCCCAGGUUCUAUCAGAGGGACAGAUGCGCGAUAUUCUAACUCGAGGCGGCUGUAUUUUGGAGCAGGUUCUCCCUCAGCGAGGACAGUUAUCCGACAUCACGCAAGGUCAACAAUGUAUAGAUAGAGUAAUGAUAAUCGAUUCGGCAUUCUAGACACAUGGCGUCGGAAGCAGAGUUAAGGUAAUUAAUUGGUCAAGUAUUGCAGCGUAGCAGAAAUUGCGUAUCUUCGGGCCCUCAUUGUAUUUUGCGGGGGAGGCGGAUGGUGCAGAUUGUUCU